UACAACUCUGCAUUUUAGCUUGUUAUGUUUUUGAAGCACACAAUUUCAUAAAAGAAAAUUUUUAGCUCCGCUAAUAUUAAUUAAUUUUCUAUUAUUUGCUAAAGUUUAAAUAAAUUAACUAACAAAUAUGGAUGAUGGAGAUUUUGAUAAUGAUGAUGUCGGCGGUGAUGAAUUCGAUGAUGUUGAUGAGGAAGACAAUAUCGACGACAUUAACCAAGAGGAGGAAGUGGAUAAUAUUGAAAUAAUAGCACCUGGUAAUGCGGGCGGCGGUGUUCCUAAAUCGAAACGUAUCACCACCAAAUACAUGACUAAAUAUGAAAGAGCGCGUGUUUUGGGUACCAGAGCCUUGCAAAUAGCUAUGUGUGCUCCUAUUAUGGUGGAAUUGGAGGGUGAAACUGAUCCUUUGCAGAUUGCCAUGAAAGAAUUGAAACAGAAAAAGAUUCCCAUUAUUAUAAGACGAUUUUUACCCGAUCACUCUUACGAGGACUGGAGUAUAGAUGAAUUGAUUAUUGUCGAUCAUUGAAAAAAGUUUGAUAAGUGGGAAAAAUUUAGUUUUUUCUGGGAGGUGUUAGUUUAUAAGAUUAGUUUGUAUUUUAAAUAAAACAAAUUUAAAAUUUUUAUGAAA